AACGGACAAAAAGCACUUUUUAGUUCUUCAGUGGCCCACUACCCACUGUCAACAUUUGUAUACUCACUACUUUAUUAUAUAGUUUUUAGUACUGGAAAAAUUCAACGGACUUUAACUAGUUUUUCGUGUGUAUGAUUUAUGUUAUGAUAAACGAUGUUUAGUUUUUUUAUUUUACUGAGUUUAGUAUAAAAACAUUUAAAACCAUCAUAGAUAGUAUUCUGUAUUAUUUAAAAAUGGAUAGUUGUAAUAUUAAAGUAGCUAUUAAAAUCCGACCGUUAAACAAUAAAGAACAGUCUGACGGCAGAAUUUAUUGGAAUGUUGAAUCUAACAGUAUAAUUCAUAUCGAUCCAAUCACCGAGAAGAAAAAUGGAGAACAAUUUUUGUUUGGUAAAUAUUAUAAUUAUAAAUCAUCGCGAUCUUAUAAAUACAUUGUCUAGUUUUAAUGUUUUAAAUACGGUGUAACAAAUUUGUAUGGUAAAACCUUUUUGUGUUGUGGUCUAUUAAUAAAGAUAUUGGUGUUUUAAUUCAGGUAUAAUUUAUGAUAGCGCUAGACUGGGAGGAUACCUGCCAUUAUUAUCAGUAAUUAAUUUUACUUCAAUAAAAUAAAAAAAAUUAACCUUUUCAACAAAAGUAAACUACUUUAUAAUAUUUGUUUUCAAUAAUAUCCUGGGCGAACAUAGGAACAAUUUUAAGAAGAAUGGAGAACAAAUUUCAUCUUUGUAAUAAAUUGUAUUUAAGAUUCUUUUUUAGAGAGAGGAUUCAACCCCUAAAUCCCUCUUGGAAUUAUCGUUGAUAUUAUCAUAACCUUAAAAGUGUAUUAGAAUCAAUAGAAUUUAUAAUUAUUAGGAACUUUUUCUGUAGGUAUUUAUGGUAUUUAUUAUAAAUUAGACUUCAUAUAUCAACAGAAAUUUAUUUUUUUAUUUUAUUAAAUUAAUAAAUAUUAUUUCAUUUAUUAUACAUACAUAUUAUGUAAUACCUCUAUAAAUGCAUUAUAUAUUUAUCAGCAAAAAUUAGAUAAAUUACAAUAGGUUAAUAAAAUGAUUAUAUGUAUAAUAAUAUAGUUAAAUACCUAGUACCUAUUGUUUAGGAUAAAUGUGGAUAAUAGUUUGGUGGGAAAUUUUGUCAUAAAUUGAUUUAUGGGGAAAGCGCUAUAGCUAACAAGUUUUCAUAAGAGUUAUACAAAUUUUUUAGGCCAUUAGCCACAGUCUGUGCUCCUCGGACCGCUGUGUAGUAGAAAAAUAAUAUAAUGGCCUAGUUCAUCCUUGAUUCAUGACACAAGUAUUUACCUAAUGUUCUGAGUUGGUACUGGUUUUCCCAGAGUAAUUUUUUUUCUUUGAAUAUAUUCCAUUAUUUCUUUUAAAGUAUAUUAAAACAUAGGAUGUCUCACAAAGAUUUUACAAAUGCAACCACUUUUGUUCUGUUCAGCUAAUGAUUUUUGUGAACUAAAAAACAUUUUAGUAACUUAAUUCAUCAUAAUAAAUAUUCAUAAAAUGGCCCUUGAAUUUUGUAAAAACAAUUUUUUUUUAAAUUUCUGUUUUUAUUUGUUUAAAUUUGUUAUAGAAUGUUAUUGUACCUGGUAUAAUACUUUUAUUUAUCAUAUUUUAUUAAAUACAGUUAAACAAUAAUGAGUAAUUAUUACUGUUUAGAACCAGUAGAACAUAUUCUUAUUGUUUUGUAAUUUUAUAAAAAAUAAGUACUUAUAAUAUACUACUGUUAUACUAACAAACAUAUUUAAAUAUACCUUGAACUAAAAAAACAUCUUCAAAUUCUACCUUAAAAAGUAUUCUGAAAAAUAUCUUUUAUGCACGCCGAAGUACAUAUUAGUGUUUUAAAUGUGUUAUUAAUUAUUUUCAUUUGUGUCUAUAAUUAUUUUCAUUUGUGUAUAUAAUUUAUUGAAUGUAGAUAAAGUAUUCUCUGGUUCAUCAACAAAUUAUGACGUGUUUGACGAGAUUGUCAGACCAAUUAUUGAUAGAGGAGUACAAGGAUUCAAUGGCACAGUAUUUGCAUAUGGCCAAACUGCUUCCGGUAAAACAUACACUAUGUCUGGUGAUAAGUCAUGUCCUGGAAUAAUUCCAUUAGCUAUAAAUUACAUGUUCAAUGUUAUGAAUAGUUCUACUUCUAGAGAAUUUUUACUUAGGUAUACACAUUGCAUGUAGUAUUUUUAUAUAUAAUAUUAAUUAUUCAAAUUAGAUACAUUGAAACCUAUUAAUAAACAAAUUAUGUUCUUUAUUUUUAGAGCUUGUUAUUUAGAAAUUUAUAAUGAAAAAUUAAUAGAUUUGCUUGAAAUAAAUGAUAAUAAAACUCAACGAAAGAAAAUUGAAAUUCAGAAAGAUGGCCUACAUAUUACACCUUUAAAAGCUAUAGUUUGUCAAAAUGCUCAAAUGGUAAAAAUAAUAUUUUAUUUUUUAUUUUAAAUCUUAAUAAAUUAUGUAAUUUAAUUUUAGGUUAUUGAUCUUAUGAAAAUAGGCGAUAAAAACCGUAGUAUUGGUGAAACAAAUAUGAACGAAAGAUCAUCAAGAUCUCAUACAAUAUUUCGUAUUGUAAGUAUUUUUGAAUUUAUCAAAUAGUAUAUAAUGUUUUAUUGAACAUGUCAUUAUAAAAUAAAAAAUAAUAUGAAAAAGUAUAGUAACGACGCUACCUAAACUUGGCUUGGAUUAUUAACGGUUGUUUUUUUUUAACAAAUAUUUAUACCAAUCUUACAUAUUAUUGUAUUUAUUUAAAUAUAAUUCUAUAUGUUUAAUUUUUUUUUUUUUUUUUGAUGUUUCCAUUUUUUAUUUUUAACAUAAAUCAUUUAUCUAUAAGUACCAACCUGUAGUAAUCUAAUAAUUCAAACUCCGAAACCACUAGUUACUAAUACCAUGUAUAUACUAUUAAGUCAAUGUUUUUACAUUUUAUUUAUUAAAUACUUAUUGUAUCAUUGACAAGCUUUGCACAUGUUAUAGUAUACAUUAACAUAAGUUAUGCUUCAAAUUUCAAAUGAAAAAGAAUUAAUUUUUAAAAGUACUGAAUCAAAUAUUAAAUUUUGACAUGAUUAUAAUUUUGUUUAGAUUUUAGAAAGUCGUAAUAUUGAUGAUGAUUGUAAUGGGGCUUAUCAACAAUCUGUAAUUAAUUUAGUUGACUUGGCUGGUUCAGAGCGAAGUAGCCAAACACAAUCAUCAUUGGAACGAUUUAAAGAAGGUUGCAAAAUUAAUAGUUCCCUAACAACUCUAGGACUUGUCAUACAACAACUUAGUGAAUGUCCAGAUAGGUAAAUUAAAUAAUUAUAAUUGCUAAUUAGGAAUUUAUAAAAUCUAGUAAAUUGAGUCAUAUUUAAAGAAUUGCUACAGGGUAUAUUUUAUUCCAUGGGUAGGACACUGUUGUUGGUGGUAAGUUGACAAUGUAGAAUUUAAAAUUAUAUCUUUAUAAUAGUCAAUUAUUUUAAUGUACACUAAGUUUAAAAAGACCUAUUGGUUUCAUGUAAUAUUUAUGAUUUACCUGUUUAAUGGUGAUGAUUUAGUUUUUUCAUAAUUUCACCUAUUGUCAGCCUUAGAAUGUGUAAAAUUAUAAUAUAUAUAAUUUAGUUAAUUGUAUUACUUACAUUUACAAUGAACUAGUAAAAAGAUAUAUUAUCACAAUAAAAUAAGAAAAACAAUUUUUAUUUACAACUAUGUUAUUAUUUAAUGGAGCGUAGUUUUACCAUUUACAUUUUUAAAUCUGUGACUCAAUUUACUAUUAUAAACAAGUAUCAAAUUAGUUUUCAUCUCAAUUUACCUACAUUACUUUAUUCUAUACUUUGAAAUUUGUAUUACAUAAAAUAUUCUUUCAGUUCGCAACAUAUUAACUUCCGUGACAGUAAACUAACAAGAAUAUUACAGACAUCUCUUGGUGGGAAUUCUUUAACUGCAAUUAUUUGUACAAUUAGUUUGGCAGUUGAUGACCAAACAAAUAACACAUUGAAGUAUUAAAGUUUAACAAUAAAUAAAUAAUUUAAAUUAUAUACUAUGUUUAUUUAUUUUAGUUUUGCUUCCCGUGCAAAAAAAAUUAAGAACAUUGCUAAAAUAAAUGAAAAUAUCUCAGAUGAAACACUUUUGAAGCGCUAUAGAGUUCAACUUUCUAAAUUAAAUAAAGAGUUGGAAGGUAUAAAACAACAUAUGUAUGAAACUGAUGAAGUAAAUGAAAUAAAAUAUAAAUACCAAGAAGAAAAAAGGACAAAUGAAGAAUUAAAGGAACGUAUAAUGCGUUUGCAAAAAAAUAUGAUAACAUCUUCUAUAAGCCAAAAAAACCAAUCAUUAAAUAAAGUAAAAUUUAUAUUCAUUAUAAUCAUAAAACUUUUUGGAUACCCUAUUCAUUCAAUAUGAAUGAUUUAAUUGUAGAAAGGACAUAACCGUAGACGAACGUGGGGUGGAAAACUUGAAAAUACAUUUUCUUCAAGCAAUAUACUUGCAACUAUUGAAGAAGAUGUUAAUCUGCCUCGGCCUAGUGUUCCAUCUAAUUUUGGUAAUUUAAAUAAAGAUUAAUAUAUUCUUAUAUUAUGACACUAUUAAAUUUUUUAUAUUUUUAGAGUUUAAAACACCUUUAGAAUCAUUUGAAUGGGAUUUAAUAAGAGAAGAAGAUCAAAAAAUAGAUAAUGAGUCUCUAAAUAAUGAAAACACAAGUUAUGAUUUUUCCCCGUAAGACUUGAGAAUUAUAUAUAAACUAUUUAAUUUAUACAAAUGGAUUUAUUUUUUUAUUUUUAAGGCCUGCUAGCAUACCUUUAAAUGUAUGCGAGACUCCUAAAAAAGUUUUAAGAGAACGUGUAAAUAACUACAAAAAUAUGUUUGAAAUGAGUAUGAAAGAAAACAAUGAGUUAAGAGAAUUUACAACUCUUGAAAAACAAAUGUUUCAUGAUAAUGUAAGUAACUAACCAAUUAAAAUAUAUAAUAAUUAAUAAUUAUAUGGGUUGUUAUUUGAAAUUAAAAUGAAUACAUAUAUUUUAGAAGGUGUUACUGUGUGAUUUGCAAUCUCUGUCUAUCUAAUGAGCAAUAUAGCACAAAUGUGUUUUGUACUUCCAGUAGUACUCACAAUCAAAAAAACCUGAAAUAUAAAUCAUUUCAUUAAAUUAAAGAAGAUAACAUUUACUAUACUUUCACUGGGUGACUUUUCUAUAUUUAUUUUCCAGAUAAUCUUUUUGUAUUUUAAACUUAAAAAAAUUAUUAUUUUGUCAGAUAAAGUCUUAAAUUAUGAAUGCAUCAAAAAAAUCACCUAGUGGAUGCCUAAUAUAUGUUAUUGACUUGAAUGAAAUAAUUUUUAGUUUAGGUCUAUUAGUUCUUCAGUGUUAUUAAAAAUAUGAAAACAGAUUUUCAUCAAGUUGUCUUUUAAAUAGACAGAGAUGGCAAAUGUUACUGUAAUGCCCUGAAGAUGUAGGAGUAGAAGUAGAGGAUAGUAAAAAUAAAAUGCUCCAGUGAUUCUGAAAUCUAUUAGUAUCUGUAAUAAACUGAAUUUAAAUUUUUUGUAAAUCUUUUUCUAUAUUAUUGAAUAUAUAACUUACAGAAUGAACAACUUAAAGAUUUAAGUAAUUUGAGAAAAAAAAUUGACGACCUUCAAAAUGAAAAAAAUGAAUCUGCCAAAAUAAUUGAAAAACUUAAAAGUUCAGUCAAACUUAUUGAAAAUGAAAAACGUGAUGUUGAAAUUACUAUGGAAAUUCAAAAACAAAAAUUUGAGAAACGAGAAGCUGAGCUUCUAACUUCAAUUCAGGUUAGUAAUUUGACAAAAAUGCACAAUUAUUGACCCAAUUUUGCUAACUAAGUUGUGUAUGAGCAGUCAUGUUACAAUAUACCAGGGUUGGUAAUAUACGUGUAUCUAACGUUUUAUACAAUGCAUGUAAAUACCCCAAAUAUAAAACGUUUUAUAUUUUAACGACCAAGACUUUUUUUUUUCAAGUUUAUUAUAAUAAUGAUAAUAUGCUAUACAUUUUAAAUUAUAAUAAGUAUUUAAACUUAUAAAUUAAUAAAACAAAUUACCAAAUCGCAUCAAUUUUCUGAAAUUUAGAAUAAACUAAAACAAAACAAAUUUCUAUUUUGUUAUUAUAAAUAUUGGUGUAGAGUAAUUAAUAAAGAUUAAAGAUAAACUUGUAAUUAAUAUAAUUUAUUAUCACAUUUAUCUAAAGUAAAUUAUAUAAUGCAUAUAAAAUGAUGAUUAAAUUUAAUCAAAAAUUAUUUACCUGAUCAUUUCUGUUCAGUUGCAGCAGAAAAAAAAAAUGUGUACAGUAUAAAACAAAUAUAACAAAUAGUUUUAUACUGUACAUUUUGUACAUACAUAUAAUAUCGCUUAUAUAUUUACCUAUAUUAUAUGUUCCAACCCUGCAAUAUACUAACAAUAUAUACUGCAAUAUAUUUUUUGAUCUGUAGUUUUAAUAUUUGUUGUAUCUACACUACAGAUAUUUCAAUGUUGAGUAUGAUAAAAAUAAUUGACAUCUGAAAUAACUUAUGUUCUAUUCAAUAUUUUUAAGUUUUAUUUUUUUUAAUAAUUUCUGGAGCUUUGCACUAUAAUUCCUAGGAAACACGAGAAGAAUUAAAAUUCAAAGAUGACCAGUUAAAGAAAGUCAUAUUCAGCAAUGAUUUUAUGGCCCAAAACCAAGAAGAAAUUAAAAGACUUGAAAUGAAAAUUAAAGAAAUGUGUAUUUUAAAUAACUCUUAUAUCAGUGAAAUUGAAAUGUUAAAAACUCAAUUAUUAAUGAAGGACCAGCUAUUAAAUGUAGAAUUGACUAAUAAUAACUCGCUCAUAAAUGAGUUGUCUUCACUUCAAAAUGAAGUAGCUGAAGUGAAAUCUCUUCCAUAUGCUAUUAAACUUGUAGCUGAUGAAGGAUAUUUUACCUUAAAAAAAAUUGAAAUUGAAGAGCUAUAUAGACUUUUCGAAAGUAUCCAAAAUACUGUAGAUCAGUUGCAACAAGGAAAUCUGAGUAUAACAGAUGAAAAUAACAAUUUAAAAUUAAUUAUUGAUGAUUAUAAACAUCAAAUGAAUAAUGCAAAAGAAGAAAAUAACAAUUUAAAAGUAAUUAUUGAUGAUUAUAAUCAUCAAAUAAAUAAUGCAGUAAAAGAAAAUAAUGAAUUAAAGUCACAGUCAAAUUUAAUUGAAAUAAAUAUUAAAUCUAUUAUCAAAGAGUUUAGUGCCUGUAAUGAGAUUGAUGUUGAUAAUUCUGAAAUAAGUAGUUUAUUAAAUUUUGCUGCUAAACAUUUUGAACAAAACACUGAUCAGAAUGAAAAACUUUCAAAUGAAAAUUUAAUUUUAAAUGAAAAACUAUCGUUUUCAAAUAAUAACCUCUGUAAAAUAAAAUCACUUGUAUUUGAUAAUCUUGAUAAUAUCCUUACAAUAAUUUCUACUAUGGAAGUUAAAUCGAUGUGUGAAAUAGAAAAAUUCAAAAAAGAUCUUACAGAAUCUCUUAAAGAAAAUAUAAUUUUAAAAUCUUGCAUUCAAAUGUUCGAUGAAUUAACACUUGAAUGUGUUAAAAUUAUUGAACAAGUAAAGACUAAUCAAUCGAACAUGGUCUAUCUUCAAGAAGAACUUACUGUAUGCAAUGCCUUAAAAAAUGAAUUUCAAGUACAAUGUGAACAAUUAUUGUCCAUAGAAAACCAAAAAACUGUAGAAAAAGAAAUUCAAAAAGAAUUAGACUUAAAAUCUAUAGAGUUAAAAGAUGCACUUACAAAAUUAGAUGAAGUUAAUUUAAUGGUAAAAACCACCAAUUCAAGUAAUGAUAUUAUAAAUCCUUUAGAUGUUGAAGAAAAGUCUAAUUUGUUAAUUGAACUAGAAAAUACCAAAAUGGAAUGGUUAUCUAAGUACAAAGAAUUAGAAAAUCGUUAUCAGUCAGAUAUUGAAAAUAUUAAACAAAAAAUUGAAAUUCAAAAGCAAGCAGAGGUUGAAUUAGUAACUAAUGAUCUGCAAAAUUCUCUUGAUGAACUAAAAGAGAUGAAAAUGAAAGUGCAAUUAAAUUUGUCUGAAUUUGAUGAAUUAAACACUUUACUUCAUUCUAAAAAUUCUGAACUUGAUAAAAACUCUAAAUUAAUAAUUGAUUUGGAAAGUGAUAGAUUAGAACUUAAUAAAAAACUCAAGGAAUUAUCUUUUUCUGAAAAUAAAACCCGAGAAGAAUUAUUGACAGUUAAUAAAGAGUUAGAUGAUAUUCAAAUAAAGAAUAAUAGUAAUAUUACUAUUAUUGAAAAUUUAAAAGAUGAACUUGAUACAAUUAGAUUUGAACUGGAAGAAAAAUCAAACAUUGUCAACAAAUCAGAAGUGACAAUGUGCAAUUAUUUAAAAGAAAUAAAUACACUGAAUAACUAUAACAUCAAACUUCAAAUGGAACUGGAAGAAAAGUCUAAAAAAGAAAAUGAUUUGAAAUAUGAAUUACACAUUGUUACUAAAGAAAUAGAAGAUGCUAUUUUAAAGACCAAUGAAGUUAAAGCAGUAUAUAACAUUUUAAAUAGUAAGUGUGAGUCUAAAACGUUAAUUGUAGAACAGCUUAAUUAUGAACUUAAAUGUAUUAAUUCUACUCUAAAUGAAAAGAAUAAUUUGAUUGUUGAAUUAGAAAACACUAAUUUAGCACUUUUAACAAAAUGUGAGAAUCUAGAAGUCAUUGACCAACUUAACAAAACUAUUGUUGAACUUCAAAUGAAAUUAGAAGACAAAACACAAAUUGAAAAUGAAAUGCAUAAUGAAUUACAGGCCAAGAUUAUGCAAUUGGAAAAUGCAAGUGUCAAAGAAAAUGAAUUGCAGGGUUUAGUUGAAAGUAUGAAAAAUGAAGAAGAAUUAAAUAUUAUUUCAGUUAAAAAAAUUGAAUCUGAAUUAGUUACAAAAUCAAAUUUACUAACCAACUUAGAAAUUAUAAAUUCUGAAUUACUUUUGAAAUUUAAUGAGAUAAAUGAAACCAAUUUAUUUAAUAUGAAUGAACACAAAAAAAUACAAGAUCAAUUACAAACUGUAAUUCAAGAAAAAGCUUUGAUCCAAACAGAUUUAAAUUUAUUAACUGUACAACUAUUGGAAAAAACUGAUCAUCAUGAUCAAAUAAAAAAACAUUUGGAGGAUACAUUACAACAACAAGCAUUCAAUUACCAAAAGUUAUAUAAUGAAUUUAUGCAUUUUUCUUCUGACAUUGAAUUGAUUUUGAACCUUCAAAUCAAUACUGAAUCCAAACUGAGAGCAGAAAUUCUUUAUAAAUCCACAGAACUGGAUGAUUUACAAAAACAAUUGUAUGAAUCUAAUCUACAACAAGACUAUGAGAAACUCGAAGAAGAAUAUAUACUAAGGACUCGUGAAUGCGAUGAAGCAUUUGCAAAAAUUAAAAACCUUGAAUCAAUAUUAUUAACCAAAGAAGAAUCAGAAAAAGUACUAAAAGAUAAUUUCAAAUCCAAAUGUAUUGCACUUGAAGAAUAUAAGAAAAAUGUUGAAUUUUUAUUUAUGAAAAAUGAUUCAUUUCAAAUGAGAGUUAAUGAUUUUGAAGACAAUGUUCUGGUGGAUCUGAAUGAGGAAUUUGAUUCAAUGAAAUCAGAAUUAACAAAAAGAAUUGAGAGUGAAAAAAUAUUAGUUGAAGAAAAACUUAAACUCGAAUGCAAUUUGAAUGAACUUCAAGAAAAACUUGUCAGUACCUCAAAAGCAUUGGAACUUAGCGAAGAACAAUCAAAAGAAUUAGCUUCAAUUAUUGAUAUUUUUGUAUUUGAAAUAAAAGAAGCCAAUUCUGCUAAAGAAAAUUUAGAAUUUCGUUUGAAUCAAGCUGAACAUGAACUAUUAAAGUCUGGGGAUUAUACACAGAGCCUUGAAUGCGAGUUAUACAAUUUACAAACCAAAUUAGAAAAUGAAUGUAUUAAAGCUGAAUGUGUGGAAAAAGAAUUUAUUGAACUUAAAUUAAAAUGUAAUGAUCAAAUCAAUAAAAAAGACUUAGAAGGUUUGGAUGUUAGAAAUAAAAUAAUUGAUUCACUUGUUGACUAUGUUCAUGAUAUUAAAUUAAAACUGACUGAACUUAAUUCUGCCAUGAUAUCAGGAAACCAAUGUGAAAAAGAUUUAAGAACAAAAGUUAUGUCUGUUGAAGAUGAUAUUCUACCACUAGAUGGGACAUUGAAAGCAAGUUGUAAUCCCUCAUUUGAAUCUGCUGAUAUUGGAAUUGGUUUGGAAAUUAAUAAUUUACGUAAGCUAUUAGAAGAUAAAAUUAAUUUAGUAAAAGAUCUACAAAAUUCUAAGAAUGAUAUGGAAAUAAAUAUUAGUAAACUACAAGACCAAAUAAAUAAACAAUCUGUUGAGAAUAAUAAAUUGAUCAAUGAUAUGACUUUAAUGGAAAAUGAUCUUAAAGAAAAGACAUCAACAGUGAAUAAUUUAAGUAAUGAACUAAAUACAAUCAAAAUACAAUACAAUGAACUUGAGGAACAUAAUCAAGCCAUAAAAGAACAAAUUCAUUUUAGUUUUGAUAUUGAUACAGAACUAAGAAAUGGCAAAAAGGACUUGGUUAAUGAAAUCAACCUUCUUGAACCUGGAAAAAUUACUGGUGUUCUUACUCACCAUAAUUUGUCAAAUUUAUUGGUCACAUUUGUCAAUCUUAUAAUGACUAAAGAACAACAAAUUGUAGCUGAUUUGGUUCAUAAUCAGAAUAAGAUCAAACAACAGUAUGAGGAACAAAUUAGACAAUUUGAAGAAGACAUUAAAAAAGAAAAGGAAUGGCAAGAACAGGUUGAAAGUGAUAAUGAAAAACUCAGUUUAGAGCUUGAAAAUCUAAAAUCUGAAAAACAUAAUUUCCCUUGUAAAGAAAUUGAGAUUAAAGAACUGACAGAAAAAUUGCUGGAAGCAGAAAAUCAAUCUUUUAAUUAUUUGUGUGAGUUGCAAGAAUUAAAAACUCUAUUUAGCAAAGAAAAUGAACAAAAUUAUAAAUCAUUGUCAAAUGAGUUUGAAAUAUUUAAAAUUAAUUCAGAACAGUCUAUACAAAAUCUCAAAAAUAAACUCGAAGAUCUUACCCACAAAUAUAAUGAAUCAUUGAAUAUGUAUAAAGAUCAAACAAAUAGUCGUUCUACUCUUGAAGACCAAAUAGAAAAACUUACAUCAGAAUGUACAUGUUUAAAAGCCAUUAUUGAAAAAAAAGAUGAAGAUAUUAAAAACUUAUUUGAAAAGGUCCAAUUGAAGACAUUGGAAUAUGAAGCAUUGAUUGAGAAGAAUAACCUUUUGAAAGAUGAAAUGAAAGAAGUUCAUGGGAAAAAAAUUGAUGAACUACAAUUAGAAUUAAAUGACAAAAUUCAACAAAUUUAUCGCACAGAAAAGUUACUCAAAGAAGUUACUAAAAAUCACCAACAACUCAUUGAAGAAAUGUCUUUAAAUGUAUUACAAACUAAACAUCAGCAAGAAAAUGACAAUUCUGCUAUAAAUGUAAAAGUAGCAGAAUUAGAACGUGAUAUUGAAACAGUUACAGCAAUAAACAAAACAAACAUUGAUAGCUUACAUUCGGAAUUAAAAGUGAAAUCUACUAAACUCGAAGAAACUCAAUUGCAAUGUUCAAAACUUAUUCAAGAGCUUGAAUUAUACAAGUUGAAAGUCAUUGAAUUUGAAAAACAAAUUGGAAGUUAUCAACAAUCAUUAAAGUUAAAAGUUGCUCAAAUUGAAAAUUAUCAAAUAAAGUUAAAUCUGAAUGAAAAUGACUUUUUCAAAUUAAGUGAGUUAUUAAAAUGCACUGGUACAUUACCUGUAAUUUAUGAUAAUAUUAGUCUAUUAGUGGUCAAAUGUGGGCAUUUAGAAGAAGAAAUUAAAGAAUUAAAACAUGCAAAUGUGAAUUUAGACAAUGAAUGUGAAGCAAUGUUAAUAGAAAUAAAAAAUAAAGACAACAAAAUUAUAGAGUUGUUGACUUCAGAAGAUGAGAUAAGACAAACCAUUGAAUUAUUAACAGAAGAAAAAGAAGUUUUGAAAAAUAAAUGUGAACAGCUGAAAAAUGUCAAUAGCAAUGUUAAAAAAUUAAAUGAUGAGAUAUGUGGUUAUGAACAAAACAUCUAUCAACUAAGGAAAGAGAAAGGUCAGUUAAUCGUACAACAUGACAAAGAAAUAAAUCAGUUGAAAACGGAGUUAAAACAAGCUCAGACUAAGAAUCAAGAAAUUCUAAAUGAAUAUAAUAAAUUAUCAGGUAAGUGUAACUGUUCAAUUAAAAUUUUACACGUUAGUGUUGUGUACCUAUCGGCAUGUAAAAUUAUUUUACAGAAACUGCUAAAAAUUUGGAAAAGUCAUUAAAAGAAGAUAUACAACAGUUAAACAGAUGUAUUGUAGAUAAAAAUGCUAAAAUUUCUACUUUGGAACUAUUUUCCAAAACCAAUGCCGAUGAACUCAAAAAAAAGAAUCGUGAAUUGGAGUAUGUCUAUAAAAGAGCUAGAGAUGAGGUAAUUAAAAUCAAUAAAUCGUAUUAUGUAGUUAUUAUUUCUCAAUAUGUUCAUCAAAUUCACUUUGACCGUGUAUUCAUAAUCUUAUUUAAAAUUAUAAAUAACUAAAAGUUAUUUGAAUAAAUUAUUGUAAAAUAUCCGUAUUAUAUCUAUAGGUACUUAUUUAGGAGAGGGGCAAUAGUACCUUGUUGCCAAAAUUAUUUCUUAUUUGAAUCAUUUAUUUCAAAAAUUUCACCAUCAAAAAAAUCAACUAUUUUGCAUUUAAUUAUUAAUUUGUGAUUUAUUUAUAAAAAAUGUAAUUAUCAUAACUACUUGUUUUUAAUUAUGUUGGUAAACUAAAAAAAAAAUGAGGUUCUUUUAGUACAAAAACCUCAUAUUUACAUAUUAUAAAAUAGUUUAUAAAUUUCUCCAGUAAGUCAUUGAAUUAAAACAAAAUAUGUAUUUGAAAGAGUGAGUAGUCAAAUAUUUUUAGUAAUUUUCGAGAAUUAUUUAAGGAGACAGUUGAAAUAGUUUUUAUUGAUUAUCUCAAAAAGUGAAAAAAUUUCUGGAAGGAGAUUAAGUUCUUGAAGGUCUCUGGAAAAAGCAUUUAAUUUACCUUUUUAUCUUUAUUUAGUUUAUUUAGUGUACCAUAAACAUAGAUUCAAACAGAAUAUUUUUCUAAAAAAUGUUAAUUUAUGUAACAUUAAUAUCUAAAAUAUGUGGCGCCGGGGCGUAAAAUGUCCAUGGUUGUAUGUUUAUACAAUAUUUUAUUUGUUAUUGUAUUUUAUAUUCACACAGAAUCAUAUGUUACGUAAAGAAUUAAGGCAUAUAAAAGAAAUUACCCAUGUAACAAAAGUGGAUCAGCAUACUCAAACAGUUGAAGAACAGAGUAUGGUAGGUAGUGCUAUGGUAAGUUAUUGUCUUUUAUACAAUUGUGGAAUGUAAUAGGUUAAUAUAUUUAAAUAUUUUGUUUAUCAUUUUUUAGUUGGCUGGUCAUAAAAGCAUGACUGAAAAAAUCACUAAAUUAGAAAGUGAUAAUUAUUUGAUGAAAAAGAUGUUACAUCAUCGAAAAACUAAAAUUGAAAAUCUCCAAAAACAACUUGAAGAAAGACAUAGUUAA